AUGAGCACGGAGCAUCGCCUUCUGGUUAUGAAAACAAGGUUCAAGACUCCACCCAGUCCUCCUCAUCUUCGAUUCCAGAAAAUAAGAUUUUCUGCAUUCAGAGAGAAAGAAGUAACACAGAACUAUGUCAAGAAGUUGGAGGAAAAACUUCAGCAAACAGAAAAUGAAGAACCCGAGGGAGGCUGGAACUUAGAACAGAGAUGGAGGAAAUUUAAGACGGAUAUCCUCAAAGUAGCAGAAGAAGUCUGUGUGAGAACUACUGUAAAUACACGAAUGAAACAAACAAAGUUGUGGAAUGAGGAGGUUAAGGAAGGCGUAAGUAGGAAAAAGGCAGCGUGGAAGGAGUACAUGAGCACAAAAAGGGCAGAAGACUGGAGAAAUUAUGUUGAAGCACGCAAUGAAGCUAAACAAGUACAGCAGACUAAAGAAAGUAGCUGGCAAGACUUUGGCGAGGAAAUUGAGUCAGAAUACAGAAACAAUCAAAAGAAGUUCUGGAAGAUACUAAGAUUCCUCCAAGUGGAAGAAGAAGGACUAGAAGAUGGGGAAAUGAUUAUGCAGAGUGAGGUAAGAGAGGAUAUCAUUGAAAUGAAGAUGGGUAAGGCGGGUGGUUGGAAUGGAAUAUCACCGGAAUUGAUGAAGUACGGAGGAGAGGUUGUGGUAAAGUGGAUGAUAAAGAUAUGCCAACAAGCAUGGAACACUCAGAAGAUCCCAAAGGACUGGGAGAAGAACAUUAUCAUCCCUAUCCAUAAGAAGGGCAGCACUCUGGACUGUGCAAACUAUAGAGCUAUUUGUCUCUCCCGUGUGGCUGCGAAGGUAUACUCUCGACUGUUGCAGAAGAUUCUGAGACAGGAGAUAGAAGAAAACCUGGAAGAAGAGCAGUGCGCAUUCUGGCCAAAUCGACAAAGACACGACCAUAUAUUCACACUAAGAACUGUUAUAGACAAAAGGCUUAGUAGUGGGAAGGAUGUCCUAGCCGCAUUCAUAGAUCUUAAGGCAGUAUUUGACUCUGUCCCCAGGGAACAGCUUCGGGCAGCACUCAAAGAAGGAAAAAGUCACAAAGACUCUCCAACGUCGCAUUCAAAGCAUUUCUGGCUGGGAGUGAAGAGGAUCUUCAGCAAGCUCUUACUGGGCUUGUGUUUUCCAGGACCGUGGGAUGAAAGUGAAUGGGAGUAA